AUGGCCAUCGAAAACCCUGCGCUGCAGAUGCUCGGCAUCAAGAAGCUCAAGCUGCCGUCCCGCAACUGGAUGAUUUUUUGGACCGUCGUCGCUGCCGUUGGAGGAGGAAUUGUCUACGACAAGCGUCAGCAGUCCGUGCUGCGGGCUCAGUAUAUGGAAAAGGCCAAACACUUUGGACAGCAGCCGUUUCUGCCCAACCAGCUGCCGCGCAAGCUGCGGAUCUACGUUGCGCCGCCUCCUAACGAUUUUUUGAGCGAGGGCUUGAAGUAUCUGCGCCGCUUUUGCAAGCCUAUCUUGAACUCUGCCGCGAUCGACUUCGACAUCUACACUGCCGAAAGACAGGGAGAUAUCCGCCACGCCGUGUCGGAGGAGAUCCGCCAGAUCAGACGUAGUAGGCUCUGCAGAGCCGCAAAGGAAGAGCCAGAGCCCAAGGCCGAGCCAGUGGAUCCUGAAGCGACCAAACCCCUAAAGGAACUAUUCAGGCCGGCCGACGUACUGGGCAUUUUCAAGUGCACCCCGCAGCAGCCGUUGAGCUACGAGGAUGCCGGCAGGUCUCCGGAGGACGCAGGCGGCGUUAUCACAAUUGGCCGCGGGGCCUUCAAGGAGUACAUCAACGGAGUUCAUGAAGGCUUGUUGGGUCCUUUGGAAAAACCUGAAAAAAAAGAGGAGUCUGCGGACUCUGAGGAACAGCAAGACGAGAAAAUGCCAGAGCCGGUCGCUCAGCCGUACAUCGCUCCUGCCGACUAUCCGUCUGCUCCGCUCGCGCCAGAGCUGGACUUUAAUAACCUCAGGGACGAGAACGGCGUGCCAUAUUUCUUCACCCAGCCAAUUCUAGCUCUUCAAAACUACAAUGUGGCCGGCUUCACCAAACAGCCAGAAAGAUUAUACAGGUUCUACCACAAACGGUACCAGCUGAUCGAGUACAACGAGCGGCUAUGGGGGCUUAUCACGAAAAAUUCCCGUCCGUUCACUCCUGAAGACAUGAAGCUACUGGAGAGCGAGGAAAACGACUGGCCGCGCAGAUUCGUGAAGGAGUCGCGGGAGAAGGGAAGCGAGUGGACACGUGACUUUGUUGCUGAUCCGCGCGUGCUGCAGCUUCUCAGAGUGUACGACAAGAUCGAGAGUACGAGGGAGUGA